AGUUUAAACGGCAGUUUUAGAAACGCCAGCCCCGCUCUUUCUUCAUCAUUCUUCACAUUUCCAUAACUGUUUUUAAAUUUCUUUAUAAUCUCAAUCAUCAAAACACGUUCCACUUUUACUUGAUUGCUUCUUUCCCGCCAAUUACUCAUCGUCUUAGGGUUUCCCUUUCAAACAAAACUCUUCCUUGCGAGUUUGAUUCCGAGUUUAAGAAGACGAAGAAGCGGGAGCAAUAGAUAAAUUGCGCCAUGCUCAGCAAGAAGAGAUCGGUUCAGAUACUCACUGCCGUCGGUUCACUGUACAUGCUUCUCGUCACGCUCGAAAUCCCCCACGUCUACAGAUCCGGUCUCAACACUCUAUCACACGACCCGUUAACCCGACCCGAUCAUCUCGGCAGCGAGUUGGAUCCGCAAGAGAGGCGGCGAGCUCCAGGACGUCCUUUUAAGAGCUUGAUUUAUCAAGAAACGGUUCCCCCUGCUCAGGCUCCGGGCGCUGAGCCGAGAAGAUUGUCACAAGAGAUCAUAUCCGGGUUGAAAUUCGACCCGGAUCCGAGUAGCAGAGACGAGUCUUCGGAGCUCCGUGAAUCAGCAAAAGUAGCUUGGGAAGUUGGUAGAAAGCUAUGGGAGGAGCUAGAAUCUGGAAAAAACCUUAAAGCCUUGGAGAAGAAACUUUCGUGCCCUGUCUCUGUUUCGUUAUCCGGGUCGGAUCUUUUGACACGUGGGAAAGUCGUUGAGCUUCCCUGCGGGUUAACAAUCGGAUCACACAUCACGCUUGUGGGGAGGCCACGCGCUGCACACUCUGAGAAGGUUUCCCAGUUUGUGGUGGAGCUGCAAGGGUUGAAGGCAGUGGAAGGGGAAGGUGAAGAUCCGCCUCGGAUUCUCCAUUUCAAUCCAAGGCUUAUUGGUGAUUGGAGUGGUAAGCCUGUGAUUGAGCUCAACACUUGUUACAGGAUGCAAUGGAGCUCAGCCCAACGUUGUGAAGGCUGGAGAUCUAGUGAUGAUGUAGAAACAGUUGAUGGUCAGGUUAAGUGUGAGAAGUGGGUUCAAGAAAACGGUAGAGAAGAGACUAAUAAGAAGGAAACAUGGUGGCUUAGUCGUUUUAUACGCAGGAGCAAGAAAGUAACUGUAGAAUGGCCGUUUCCAUUCACUGAGGAGAAGCUCUUUGUGCUUACGCUGACUGCUGGAUUGGAAGGUUAUCAUGUUAGUGUCGAUGGGAAGCAUGUCACAUCUUUCCCUUUCCGAACUGGUUUUACGCUUGAGGAUGCUACUGGUCUAACUGUUACUGGAGAUAUAGAUGUUCACGCUGUUUUCGCUGGCUCUCUCCCAACCUCGCACCCUGGUUUUGCUCCUCAGAGGCAUCUUGAUCUCUCGAGAAGUUGGCAGGCGCCAUCGGUUCCUGAUGAAGAAGUUGAGUUAUUCAUCGGUGUCCUCUCUGCGGUUAAUCAUUUUGCUGAGCGGAUGGCCGUGAGGAAGUCUUGGAUGCAACAUAAACUUAUCAGAUCUUCCAAAGUGGUGGCUCGAUUCUUUGUGGCAUUGCACUCGAGGAAGUCAAUUAAUGUGGAGCUAAAGAAGGAAGCUGAGUUUUUUGGGGACAUAAUUGUAGUGCCUUACUUGGACAGCUAUGAUCUAGUUGUCCUGAAAACUGUUGCAAUUUGCGAGUAUGGGGCUCAUCAGUUAGCUGCCAGAUACGUAAUGAAGUGUGACGAUGACACAUUUGUCCGAGUAGAUGCAGUUCUUAGGGAAGCAAAAAAGACACCCAAAGACCGAAGCUUGUACAUUGGCAACAUCAACUAUUAUCACAAGCCUCUUCGCCAGGGGAAGUGGGCUGUUACAUUUGAGGAAUGGCCAGAGGAAGAUUAUCCACCUUAUGCCAAUGGUCCUGGCUACAUAUUAUCAACUGAUAUCGCUCGCUUUAUUGUUAAAGAGUUUGAGCAACACAAACUAAGGUUAUUCAAGAUGGAGGACGUGAGCGUGGGAAUGUGGGUGGAACAGUUCAACAACAGCGUGAAACCUGUGGAUUAUGAGCACAGCAUUAGCUUCUGCCAGUUUGGUUGCAUAGAGAAUUACUUAACGGCGCAUUACCAAUCGCCAAGACAGAUGAUCUGCUUGUGGGACAAAUUGUUAUUGACGGGCAAACCUCAUUGCUGCAACAUGAGAUGACCCAACGGUGUAUGUAUCUCUUCUGUGAGAAAAGGAACAUAGAUAUUCCAUUGAGAACAUCAAAAUGAGCCUUUGAUGUAUUAGUCUUUACCUUCGAACAAAUCAAUGGAUCCUUGUUGAAUCAUUCAUUCACAUUCAUUCUUU